AUGAAGGACACAAUAAAAAUCCUCCAGACUGAACUGUGGGCACCUCAAAAACGGAUCAAGAAACUCGAGGAAAAUCUCAGUCAGACCAAGUAUGAGUUAUUCAACCGCCUGGAAACAAGGAAUGAAAGUGAUGGAAGACCUUUGCCAAAGACACAGAAAUGUUUGCUAAAAUGUCACAAAGCAGCCCAGAGACCCUCUGCAGAACAUGCCCUGCCUGAUCCCCGACCCCAUGCUCUGCCUGAUCCCCCACCCUAUGCCCUGCCUGAUCCCCCACCCCAUGCUCUGCCUGAUCCCCCACCCUAUGCCCUGCCUGAUCCCCCACCCCAUGCUCUGCCUGAUCCCCCACCCUAUGCCCUGCCUGAUCCCCCACCCCAUGCUCUGCCUGAUCCCCCACCCCAUGCUCUGCCUGAUCCCCCACCCUAUGCCCUGCCUGAUCCCCCACCCCAUGCUCUGCCUGAUCCCCCACCCUAUGCCCUGCCUGAUCCCCCACCCCAUGCUCUGCCUGAUCCCCCACCCUAUGCCCUGCCUGAUCCCCCACCCCAUGCUCUGCCUCGUCCCCUACCUUAUGCCCUGCCUGAUCCCCCACCCCAUGCUCUGCCUCGUCCCCUACCUUAUGCCCUGCCUGAUCCCCCACCCUAUGCCCUGCCUGAUCCCCCACCCCAUGCUCUGCCUCGUCCCCUACCUUAUGCCCUGCCUGAUCCCCCACCCCAUGCUCUGCCUCGUCCCCUACCUUAUGUCCUGCCUGAUCCCCCACCCUAUGUCCUGCCUGAUCCCCCACCCUAUGCCCUGCCUGAUCCCCCACCCUAUGCCCUGCCUGAUCCCCCACCCUAUGCCCUGCCUGAUCCCCCACCCUAUGCCCUGCCUGAUCCUUCUUUCUCCAGGUAA